AUGACGACCGAUAGCAGCACAACACCACCGAAUGACCUGGAGAAGCCCAGGACGGUAGAUAUUGAGAAUGUGGCGCCCGAGAAGCAGUCGUCGUUAUCUGGCAUCGAGGCAGAACGUGCUGCGCUUCUAGCAGCCCUUCCCGACCCUGAUGCUGGUAAAAGUGAAGAGGAACGCCGCGAAAUCGAUCGAAAGUUGAUGUGGAAGGUUGACCGAUGGCUUAUCCCUUGGCUUUCUCUGCUCUACCUGCUCUCAUUCCUCGACCGAACCAACAUCGGCAAUGCGCGCCUCGAAAACAUGGAAGGAGAGUUGGGCAUGGUGCCAGGCAACUACAACAUGGCUCUCACCAUCUUCUUCAUCAGCUAUGCUCUGUUUGAGCCCAUCACCAACGGCAUCCUCAAGCGUCUGACACCUCGCAUCUUCUUCACGGCGAUUAUCAUUGCCUGGGGCACUGUUAUGACUCUUAUGGGACUAUGCCACAACUACCCAGGCCUCCUUGCAGCUCGAUGGUUCCUUGGUGUUGCCGAGGCGGGUUUGUACCCUGGAGUCAAUUACUACCUCGGCUGCUGGUAUAAGAGCUCUGAGAUAGGCGCUCGCGCUGCUAUUUUCUUCUCCGCGGCUGCCCUCGCCGGGUCAUUUGGAGGUCUUCUGGCUGCUGCUAUUGCACAAAUGGAUGGAGUGGGCGGCAAGUCUGGCUGGGCAUGGAUCUUCAUCCUUGAAGGAUUGGCGACUGUUUUCAUCGGCAUCUUUUGUUGGUGGAUGGUUUUCGACUGGCCUGAUACGGCCCGUUUCCUCAGCCAGGAGGACCGCAUUCGCGUUCAGCGCCGCCUCAUCAUGGAUCGUCAGGGCAGGACCGCCGAAGACUUCGACAAACGCCACAUCUGGGCUGCGGCAAAAGACUGGAAGACAUAUGGGUAUAUGGUCAUUUACAUGGGCUGCCUGAUGCCCUUGUACGCCUUCUCUCUCUUCCUUCCUACUAUUUUGCGCGGCAUGGGCCACGAGGGUACUCAUGCACAGCUGCUCUCUGUUCCUCCGUAUGCUUGUGCAGCAACGGCCACUGUCGUUGUCGGCUUCGUGGCAGACCGAACGCGGUGUCGAGGAUACUGCAACAUCGCAACUGUUUCUGUUGGAAUUAUCGGAUUCAUCAUGCUCCUAGCAUCUUCGAAGCCCAAGGUGCAAUACGGCGCUGUCUUCCUGGGCGCAAUGGGAAUCUAUCCCACGGUCUCUAAUACUGUCUCUUGGGUCAACAACAAUAUCGAAGGCUCCCUAAAACGCGCCAUCGUACUUGGGAUGGUCGUCGGUUGGGGCAAUCUCAACGGUGUUGUCUCGUCCAACAUCUACCUCGACCGUGAGAAACCACGCUACCGGAGUGGUCAUGCCACCGUUCUUUCAUACCAGAUUGUCUUCCUCCUUGGCGGUUCUAUCUUUAUGCACUUCGCGCUUCGCUGGGAGAACCGUGCUCGCAUGAGCGGCAAGCGGGAUGCGCGGUACGCUGCAAUGACGGAGGAGCAGAAGUGGAUUAGUGGCGACGUUCGCCCUGACUUUAUUUAUACCCUGUAA